AUGUCGGAAGCACAGUUGGAGGAAUAUGACAUUCCGACAUUUGAUGAUAAUGGCGACGAGGAAGUGAAGAAAGACUUGUUGUCAAAUACAAGCUCCUCCUCCGUCACGUCAGAUGUGUCAAAUGGGAAACGUUCACGAGAGGGAUCUGACAAAAAUGCAGAUGCAGACACCGAUCUGGAAUUGGAAGAAGAGAAGAAAUCGGCCUUUGAUUUGACUGGACGUGCCCUGUACUUGUCAGUGUGUAAGAGUCUAGGCGUCAUCCCUGUGUCGUACUUUGUGCGACACAUGCAGGACACAACAAUAAACAUGAGACAUCAUGGACUGGGCAGUUUGGGUGCAAAGGCGCUGGCUCCUCCCCUUAUGAAUAACACAACAGUUUUAACACUAGAUCUUCAGGAUAAUUGGCUGGAGGGUGAAGGCGGGGAAUAUAUAGCAAAAAUGUUGAAAGAAAACUGUUACAUCACCGACCUGGAUAUUUCAGAGAAUCGUCUGGGCAGUCGGGGAGCCGUGGCCAUCUCUAACAUGCUAACAAUAAAUAUCACGCUCAAAUCCAUAAAUCUAGCAGGUAACCAGUUUUCUGAUGUCGAUGCUCCUGCAUUAGCCGAAGCUUUUUAUGAAAAUAACAGACUGAAGAAUAUCAAUUUAAGUCAUAAUUGUUUUUCUGAUGGAUGUGGGAAAAUUUUAGGACACGCUAUUGGCGAGAAUGAGACGAUAGAGAUAAUCGACCUUAGUUGGAACUUCUUUCGGAAAUCAAGUUUAAUGGAAAUUUGUGAUGGCAUUGCGGGUAACUGUCGUCUACGAGAUGUCAACCUCUCAAUGAAUGGGUUCGACAAUGAAGGCGCUUUUGGAGUGGCGGAUAUCAUCAAAAAGAACAACACGAUAACAACUUUGAACAUCAGCGGCAACAGAAUAGGUCCCAUUGGAGCCGUAUUGAUAGGAAAGGCGCUAGAAGUCAACGAUGUACUUAUCAAAUUCAUAUUUGCUAACAACCCUAUAGGCGUGGAAGGUGCCAAGGCUGUCCUCAGAGGUGUCAACAAUGAAAACAGUAUCGUCACUUUUCUGGACCUGUCGGGUACUGAGGUUGAUAAAGACUUUCGGACAUUGGAAGAAACUUUAGUCAGAGAAGUUACCGUGCUGAGGGCUCGAGUGCUGAGUGACUAUGAUAUACCAAUAAGACGAAAGCCAGACAAGUAUCUAUUCGGAACACCACUCUCUCUGAUAUCUUCGGAUAUGAUUAUGUCUCUAAUGAAGAAAUAUUGUGAAGAGAACGAUGUAAGGCUUUACGAUGCCUUGGUCAAUGCCGACAAACGCAAAGAAGGCGUUCUGUCCUCGUAUGACUUCAUAGAAGCCGUACAGAGUGCAGGAAUAGAACUUUCCGAAAAACAGGGAGAUAACUUGACCACAUUUCUGGAAGGUGUAGCGAGUGAAGGCUUGGUUGACUACAGUCCCCUUAAGGGUAAACAGACCACAGUCGCCGCAGUUGAAUGA